AUGGCUUUCAAAUUCAUUGUACUCUCUGCUCUUUUAGCUGUCGCUAGCGCUGGUGUUUUGCCUCCCAUCCACUAUGCACAUGUCGCCAAUCCUGCCGUUGAUGCUGUUGCUUCGACACACCAGAAUGUUGUGCGCUCCUUCGAUGGUACUGUCUCCCAUUACUCGAAGAAUAUUGAUACCCCCUACUCGAGCGCAUAUAAAGCGGAUACCCGCAUCAGCAACAACGUAUACUCACCAGCUGUGACCAAGAGUGUCGCCUAUGCUGCACCGGCUGUGACCAAAAGUUUGGUGAGUGUACCUUCGGAGACGGUGUAUGAACAUCAUGAGACCACACCUGCUGUAUAUGAAUAUCCCGAGCCGGAGCCGACCGCUGCUGUUUACACGCAUGCUGCUCCAGUGGCAAAAACCGUAACUUAUGCUGCACCAGCUAAAGUGUAUCACCAUGCAGUACCUGUGGCCAAAACUAUCAGCUAUGCUACCCCAGCUGUCGUUCACCAUCACGAAGCUCCUGUGGCCACCACCACCUACAAUCAUGGACCUGCUGCUAGCACCUACACUCAUAAUUCGCCCAGUGUUGCUGCCUACGGCUCCAGCCAGACUGUGCACUAUUCGCCCGCUGAGAUGGUGUCGCACAUCAGUUUCGAUGGCUUUGGCACCCACUGGGGAUUUUAG